AUGCAAAUGUGUAGUAAAAUUAAAUUAAUCUUUCUAAUCAGUUUUCAGGUUCCUGAGUUCCAAGCUGGAUCCUCAACUAUGUCAGCAUUAUCCACCCAGACAGCCUCCAAUGGCAGCACUUCAAUGGCCCCCACCUUCCUGCUGGUGAGCAUGCCAGGUCUGUCAGUUGUACCUUCCUGGUGGACAAUCCCCCUCAUUAUUCUCUACCUUCUCUCUGCCCUGGGCAAUGGUACCAUCCUCUGGAUCAUUGCCAUGGAACCCACCCUGCAUUGCCCAAUGUACUUCUUUCUCUUCUUGCUCAGUGUGUCUGAUGUUGGCUUGGCCAUAGCCCUGAUGCCCACCCUGCUGGGCCUCGCCCUUGCUAACGUUUAGGUGGUUUCCGCCUCAGCAUGCCUCUUUCAGAUGUUCUUUGUCCACGUCUUUUCUGUCAUGAAGUCCUCUGUCUUGCUCACGAUGGCCUUAGAUUGAGCAUUGGCCAUCUGCCGUCCUCUCCACUCUCCUGCACUCCUCGCCAAUGGUUUCUUCAGCAAGAUUGGCCUGGCCAUUGCUUUCCGAUGCCUGGGUCUCCAUCUGCCCUUGCCAUUCCUCCUGGCCCACAUGCCCUACUGCCGCCCACAGGUCCUAACCCAUUCUUACUGCUUACACCCAGAUGUGACCCGACUGGCCUGCCCAGGAGCUUGGGGUGCAGUCUACAGUCUCUUUGUGGUCCUGUCAGCCAUGGGAUUAGAUCCUUUGCUUAUUUUCCUCUCCUAUGGCAUAAUUGGUAAAGUGUUGCAAGGUUUGGGAUCCAAUGAGGAGCGCUGGAAGGCUGGUCAAACCUGUGCUGCCCACCUCUCUGCUGUGCUCCUCUUCUACGUGCCCAUGAUCCUUCUGGCACUCAUUGACCAUCUUAGGUUGCCAAUACCUCAGCCUGCCCAUACUCUUCUCUCCUAUGUCCGCUUCCUACUUCCUCCAUUAUUAAACCCUAUUCUCUAUAGUGUCAAGAUGAAGGAGAUUAGAGAGAGAAUACUUAAGAGGUUGCAGCCCAUGAUGGUGCGUUGUGCUCAGUAA